AUGGCCUACACGACCAAGUACCAUGAGGACUCGGACGCCGAUGACGAGUUUGAGCGCCAGGGCAUCUCUAGCCCGACCCUACCCGCCGAGUACGAGAGCUCCCCCACGAGCUCCGGCCCGCUGAGCACUGAACACACGCCCACCACCUUCACCCAUUCGCGCGACAGCAAGAGCAGCCCGACGGGGCACAUAAUGGAGUGGAACGAGGACCAGACGGCCGACUUCAUCGCCGACCUGGGCCUGGAGCAGUACUCGGAUACCUUUGCUAACGAGGGCAUCACCGGCGACGUGCUCGCCGCCCUUCAGCAUGCCGAGCUGAAGGAGCUGGGCGUCGGCAGCGUAGGCCACCGCCUGACAAUCCUCAAGGCCGUCUACGAGAUCAAGGUGCGGCAGAACGUGCCCAUGGACCCCGACGACUACGUCCCGCUAUCCGCGGAUACGUCGGCACAGGAAGCGCCGCCAACCCAAGACGACUUCGCCAAGGUCAUUCGCGUAGUCCAGGCGCGCGACGAGCGCAUACACACGGCCGAAUCGGAGCUGCGACAUCUCCGAGAAGACCUCAGCAGGGUCAUGGACGAGAACAAGCGGCUACGAGAGGAGAUCCUGCCACUCGUGCGCAUGCUCAAGGACAACCAACCCCUGCCUACGCCCCACGAGCACUCCGUCACAUCGCCACCUGCAACUCAAGAGAGAUCUGGUGGCAGCAGUCUUUCGCCAUCUCUCGGUGGUGGCCCGCAACUGUCGCCCAACUCCAUCGCCCAACCCUCCCCGACAUCCCCCGCAUACACACAAGGCCAAGGCCGCCAAUACAACCGCGAAAUACCCCGAAGCGGGCACGAUCACGACGGCAGCUCAGGGUGGAGUCAAAACACAUGGAACUCAGACACAACUGCUGUAUCCGACCGCAAUCGCGACCCCCGCGCUACGCCCGCACCACUGUCAUCACGACAGAUGCGAAACAACGCUGCACCAACACCAACCCCCGACGAUCGCGACCCACCGCUCUCUGGCGGCUCAAGUUCAAUGAACACGUCCGCAUCCAAUCCCGCAUCCACGCCAUCUACGAACCCGCAAGUUGAAAUCUUCAAAUCGUUCCGAGUCUCAAUCGACGAUCCGUGCCACAAGGUGCUCCCGGUUGCCCUUAAGAAAUAUAACAUAACGGCAGAUUGGCGCCAGUAUGCCCUGUAUAUUGUACACGGUGAUCAGGAGCGCUGUCUUGGACUCAACGAGAGGCCGCUGAUAUUGUUCAAACAACUUGACAAGGAAGGCCGGAAACCCAUGUUCAUGCUUAGGAAGCAUGCAGCACCGCAAGAAGGCCAUGUCAGCACUGUGGGCGGAAACGAUGUACGGCCCGUCAAUCCGCAGACAGAGAGCUUCGGGUGGGGUAACCAGAAUAGAGGGACACCCCUACCCGGAGGCGUUCUGUAG